UCCAUGGUAUGCUUCUUCGGCGUUUGUUCCUUAAAGAGUAACCUGCACCCUUCUCUUUCACUUUUUCUCUUUUCUGCUUCUGUUUUCUCUUUCUACGUCGUCAUCCUCCGCCCCAACCACCCCCUCCUCACACCACCCUCUCCCUAUACAUUUUCUCUCAGGGAGGGUCAUCAAAUAAGGAUCCAGAAACUCAGCACAAGGUAAUAGGGCCUAGUAGUUAGCAGUAGUAAUAGUAUGUAGGUGAAACCCACCCCCUCCAAAUUGUCCGUGAUUUGAUAUACUCAAAAGAAGAAAAAAUGCAGAAAGAAAGAGUCUCUCCCCGAUCUUUAAGUCGUUUCGUCGUGAAACUUGAUCAUGUCAAAUUCUGCUUCAAGUGCUUCUCAAACCGAAUCUCCUGGUCUUGCUGGCGUAUUGUCGGGUCCUCUCUCCAUUCCUGGCUAUCACUUCAAGUCAUUACCAACACAGACGCUAGCUCAUGGAGGUGAGAAUGUCGACGUUGUAUGCGGCUACAAAAUUUCAAACAAGAAUGCCGUGGUUGCUAAAGUGUCAUGCACAAGCUCGCUUCGGUUGGAACGAGAAUUUUACAUUAUGAAAAGACUAUACCAAUAUGCCGACGGUCCUUUAUACAUUGUGCGCCCACUCGAGUAUCUCAAUUUACCUAGCGGGUUGACAGUUGCAAUUUAUGCAGACGAAGGACGCAACUAUCUUUUUCGACGAACAUCCGACGAGACGCCAGAAUUAUCUGCAACAUAUGCUACAUCGACGACGAGUGUCGCUAGCGACAAUGCAUCAUCUAUAGGAAGCAGCAGCAAUGGCAGCAGCAAUAGCAAUAGUAAUCUCGGUGCGUGGGCACAGUAUCAGCACAUGACAAACAUUCCGUCAUACCACCCUACUGCAUAUGACGGACCAUCGAAUGAUGUGGCACACAGUUUAACACCGCAUGCAUACGACUUGGGGACUUUUUUACGAUUCGCAAUUAUGACAACCGAGUGUUUGGAGUUUAUACAUCGACAUACCAUCCAUGGGGAAGUGCGGCCUUCAGCUUUUCAAUGGAGCGGCAGCGAUAAUGAUCGUGUCAAGCUGUGGAACUUUGGAUCUGGCUCGAAAUCAUACGAGAGUUUCCUUACAUCAGAAGGAUGGCGCAAGACAGCAACGAGUAAGGAGUCAAUGCACAUGCUUCAAAGCUUACUGGUGUAUAUGAGCCCUGAACAGACAGGCCGAACAACGUAUGCGCCGGACCAUCGAUCCGAUAUCUACUCCCUUGGCAUCAUCUUUUUUUUCUUGCUAACGGGUCGACCUCCUUUCAAUGGCGGGCCACUGGAGAUUCUGAACGGCAUUCUGAGCCGCAAAGUGCCACUUGUACAUGAGCUGCAGCUCGAUGUUCCAGAUGUCGUGUCACGGAUAAUAGAAAAAAUGACGAAUAAGGCUCCUGAUGACAGAUACUCGAGUGCGCACGGUGUUCAGUUCGACCUGAAAGAAUGCCUCAAGAGACUCAAGGAAUCUGAAAGAUCCAGCGAGGUGAUCCCUUCAUUCCCACUUGCACAGCAUGAUAUCGCGUCCGUGUUCACACUCCCCAAAACAAUUUACGGACGUCACCACAUUCUCUCCGAAAUGACAUAUAUCAUUGAGCGACACGUCAACGCUUACAGAACAGCAUUGGCUCGGACCCGUGAAAGGUCAACACAAGCAGCUAGCAGCAAUGCUGGACCCUCUGUUGAAAUUUUGAAUGGUAGCAACGGUGGCGCUGGCGGCAUCAAUACCAUCGAUACCUACAGUGAUACCUCGGCUCCUGAAAGCGCAGACCAUGGACCGAAAUCGACGGCUUCGCCGAGUUACUGCAGCGGUCUGGAUGGAAGUGACGUUUCCAGUUCGACGAGUCGCGCGGUACAGAAUACAAAUGCAAGACAAUCCACAACCAUGGUGGCAGUGUAUGGGCCUGGCGGUAUAGGCAAAUCGACUCUGUUUAAUGCCGCACAAGCUACUGCAAGACAGCAUGGUUACGUGGCAGCAAUCAAAUUCGAUUCCAAAAACAAGGUGCCAUACAGCGGCAUCUUGAAAUCACUUUCACAAGUGCUUCAACAAAUCCUCUCGGAAUCAGAGGAAGAGAUUAAGCAUUUUUACGAUUAUCUCAAGACGUCGUUGGAUUCGCAGUUCAUCAGCAUCGAGCUACUUGCGGAUUUGGUUCCUGAAUUGAAGCCACUCUUGGAUCCACAACAGAUCGCCCAAAAGGAGGUAUUGGAAACGAUUCACAUGGAUAAUGUCGAGACUCAAUCUCGGUUUCAUACUUUGUUUAUGGAAGUAUUUCGAGCUAUCAAUAAUUGGCGAUUAACGACAUUGUUUCUCGACGACCUCCAUCAAGCGGAUGAGCCAUCACUGGAACUGCUUGAAUCAAUGAUGUCGUCAAGAGUCAAUAUCCUGGUAUUUGUCAACUACCGCGACAAAGAAGUGAGCGGAAAGCUGGAGCAAUUUUUGAACAACAAUGCAGCAAACAUGCAUUUCAUCAAAGUCGAUCCACUCAGUUUCGACUCGCUUACCGAUCUGAUAUGCGACACGUUGCAUCGUCCUAGAGACGUUAACCGAGACGACGUAAAGCCACUCGCCGACGCAAUCUACAAGCGUACAAGCGGCAACGCAUUCUAUACCGCACAGCUACUCCGAACACUAGAACGGAAAAAGUUGAUCUUUUUCAACUGGGAGGAGAACGAGUGGGAUUACAAUUUGCACGAAAUUCAGCAAGCUGCUAUGUACAACACGGACAAUAUCAGCUCGGAUUCACCGCUCAAUCUAUCUUUUUUGGUUGCACGAUUGCGCGAAUUACCACACGAGGGCCAGUUGUUGCUUAAAUGGGCUUCAUUUGUGGGCGAUACGUUUUCAUGGAGCACGGUGAAAAGCUUGAUGCUGGCAUCGGAUCCAGAGGACAGUACGAGUGAUACCGGCAGUAUGUUUUCGGAAGAAUCGGAAGAUACCGCAAAGGGCGAUACAACGCCUGUAAUAGAAUCGACCAAUGCAUCAUCGUCGAAAGAUAAAAAAGGCGAUAACAGUAGCAUUACCACAACCACAACAGAUCCUAGCGAAGCACAACAACAGGAGCAGGGGCAGCAGCAGCAAGUAGUUGCCGAAUCUUUACAUCCGCUUAUUCAGUUUACACACACGAUCCAAGACGAUUCUUUAGAUGUUGAUAGUAGUGGGAACCAAUCUCCAGCGCUACGGCCACGCAGUAGUAGUCCUCGACGUAGCAAACGGAGCUCGCCCGCAAGCAGCGCUUCUUCCUCAACCGCACGUGAUCCUAUCCAUGGACUGCAGGCAGUCUUGCAAGAAGGAUACAUUAUGCCUAUACAAAGUGACGAAUUCAAGUGGAGCCACGACCGAAUAUCACAAGCAGCGAUGGAGCUUGCGAAUCCGAAAACACGGUCCAAAAUCCAUUUUAAAAUUGCUCGGUUUUUGAUGAAAGAGAAAAACAUGGACACUUUCUUGGUUGCCGACCACCUUUUAAAAUGUCCUGAGCUUAUCCUGGCAUUGUCAGUAGAUGAGCGAGUGGCAUAUCGUCGACUCAUGAUACAAGCCGGUAACAAGGGAAGAAAUUCGGGUGCGCAUCGAAUGUCCUUUGCAUACUACAAGGCAGCCAUUGAAUUUGGUGAUCCCGAUAGCGCAUGGACCGAGGAAGAGUAUGCCACAACAGUGAACUUGUACACAAACAUGGCCGCACUCAGUUGGGUUGUUGGCGAGUACGAAAUGACAGAGUCGUUGCUGAAAGACUUGUUGACCCAUGUACGGGACCCUAUCGACCGGAGCAAUGCAUACCGGAUUGAAGCCAAGUACUAUAUGUCGCGUCAAAGGUACGACAAAUGUCAGCAAUCGUUACACAAGUGUUUGGCAGAGUUUUGGGGUCGCGACUUUGAAUUCAACACAACGGAUGAAGAGUUACAACGCGAGUUUUUCGAGGCCAAGGCAAAGCUGGAUAAAAUCGGUCUUUGUAAUGUGUUAAGAGACGUCAAGGCAUGCGAGGAUCCGACGUUUAAAGCUGCUUCACACGCUUUGGAAGAACUUUGUACUGCUGCAUAUUGGAUUGGUCAACAGCGAGAAAUGUAUUACUGGGGCUGUCGCAUAAUCAAUUUGUCGCUGGACCGAGGAAUGACAUCAGUGUCGGGUGUCGCUUUUCAGUUCAUGGGUACUGCUGCAGUGAUGCGAUUCAAGCUUUUUUCAUAUGGCGAGGAACUGGGAGCUGCAGGCGUUGCUAUAUCCGACAAGUAUGGCAGCAAUUUUGAAAAAGGACGAAGCUACUUUCUGUACGCCUUAUUCUUGGUGGGCUGGAACCACCAUCAUAGAGAAGCACUCAACUGGUAUCGAACAGCAGGACCCAUCUCUUUAGCCAGCGGCGACAGGAUCUAUGCCAGCUUUUCACAAGUGCAUGUCGGUGCAUCGAUGUUUACGCUUGGAUAUAAUCUCGCAGAUGCGGUGCGGGAAGCAGAGAGUUGUUUCGAGGAUUGUAAUGUCUGGUCGCCGUCGUCGCAAACCAAUUUUUUGUCCAUGUCGGUCAUCCGGACCAUCAAGGCGUUGCAAGGCCAGACAUUCUAUAAUACUCCCGAGGUGUUUGAUGGUGACGACGGAUUUAAUAGUCAGCAUUUUAUCAUUGAAAGUUGUCGCGAUAGCUCGAAUAGGGACAUUUCGAUGAAUUGGUAUGAGUCGUAUAAGCUGAUUCCGUUGGUGCUUUAUGGACAUACGGAUGUUGCCAUCGAAACCGGCUACAGAUGUGUGGACACUAUGUAUUUACAUCCAUGCCACAAGCAUACUCGCUUGAUGUUGUUUUACUUUUCACUGGCACUGAUAAGCAAAAUGCGUCAGAAUAUCAGUGACGAAGACCGAGCAAAAUUACGCGAACGAGUGAAAACGAAUCAAGAACUUCUUCAUGAAUGGGCGAUCAACACUCCUGUGAACUACAUGAUGUACUGGCUACUCGUAGAAGCGGAGCGAGUGUCGCUGGGCAAUGCAGCAGAUAUCGCAAAGGCAAGUCGGCUCUAUGAAGAGGCGUUGGAUAUAGCAAGGGAAGGCGCUUGGUUCUUGGAACUGUGUGUCAUCAAUGAAUACGCUGGAGCAUUUUACGAGCGUAUUGGUAUGCGCAAUAUCGCCUAUAACUUUAUAAAAAAGGCCGUCAACUUGUACAUGGAUCAUGGCUCUUAUGGAAAAGCACGACAGCUCAGUAGCAACUAUGUGGAUCUGUUGGAAAAAUAUAACGAUAACAGGACCGAAUACCAUGAUUCUGCCGUCCAAACAGAUCCUUUCCCAUUCCUGGGCCCACAAGCUUCCUGGAGCACAUCAUCCUAUGGCCCAAGCGUUGCAGCAGCUGCUGCUGUAAACGAGCCUUAUGUUUCCGAGUCUAUACCUCCGGUCACUACAGAAUCAACACUGCUUACGCUUGAUAUCUUGGAUAUGGCAUCGAUUUUGAAAUCUUCACAAGUAAUGUCGUCCGAAGUAAAGUUCGAUUCUUUGCUGUCUUCUAUGAUGGGCAUCAUUCUAGAGAAUUCAGGCGCCGAACGUGGAGCACUUAUUGUUAAAGAAGAAAAAUUCGGUGUUUGUGCUUAUGGCAGUCAAAACGCCGAAACAAUCACGUACGAUCCACCUAGACGACUGUUCGAAGACGACGAACUUGUAUCGAGCCGUAUCAUUAAUCACACGAUCCAUACCGGCGAGAGUAUUUUCAUCCACAACAUUGAGGAAGAUACUCGUUUUGCAGUGGGGCCUUGGUUCGAACGCACAGGUUCCAAGUCUGUCAUCUGUAUGCCCAUUAUCCACAAGGGCGCAUUGGCGGGUUGCUUGUUUAUUGAAGGCUCUGUCGGCGUCUUUACUCAGAGACAUGUUACGGUCCUCAGUCUGUUAUGUCAACAAAUGGGUAUCUCAAUCACAAAUGCCUUUUUGUUCAAAUCUGUGCAGCGUGCUACGAUGGCAAACAUGAGGAUGAUUGAAAUGCAAAAACAAGCGUUGGAAGAUGCUCGAAAGAGUAAAGAAGCGGCAGUGAGGGCAACGCGUCUGCGAGAAAUCUUUUUGGCCAACAUGAGUCACGAAAUCCGUACGCCUUUCUCUGGCUUUUACGGCAUGAUAUCAUUGCUCGCUGAAACUAAUUUGGACCCUGAGCAACGUGAUUUGGUAAAAACAGCCAAGGAAUCAUGCGAGAUUCUACUGCAGAUAAUCGACGACUUGCUCAACUUCUCGAAACUGCAAGCUGGCAAAGUAUCACUCGAUUUGUCCCCAGUGGUUGUGGAGCAGACGAUUACGGAUGUCAUAGAAAUGCUUAUUGCCAUGGCGAUACAAAAGAAAGUCAAUGUCACUUACAACGUUACCAAGGAUGUCCCCUCGGUUGUCAUGGCAGAUGCAAACCGGUUAAGGCAGAUUUUGAUCAACUUACUCGGUAACGCUAUUAAGUUUACGCAUGAAGGAGAAAUUGAAAUACGAUGUACAAUCAACAAACGCGCCAGCAAAAAGGCUGGUGAUGACAAGGUUGCGCUGCUAUUCGAAGUUGUCGAUACAGGUAUCGGCAUCAGCGAAGAGCAGCGAAAAGUUUUGUUUGCACCUUUCUCCCAGGUGGAUGGAAGUACAACUCGCAAAUAUGGAGGCACUGGUCUAGGUUUAUCUAUAUGCUUACAGUUAGUGGAGCUCAUGACUGGAACAAUCGACGUGUCUAGCCAACCGAGCAAGGGAUCAAACUUCUACUUUACCAUACAAGUCAACAAAGUACAAGACCAAACCCUGGAGCGCAACAAUACCAUUGCAACAUUGCUCAACGAAUUAAAAGAUUGUCGCGUUUUGAUUUCUGCAAAGCAUGCUUCCACUGUCAAGAUGGUUCGUCAAUUGCUUCCUGGCAUAACUGUCGACGGUGUAUGUUCAGCAACCGAACUAGCGUCGCACAAAGAUACAACGUACCAGGCGCUUAUUAUUGGUCUUUUUCUUACGCACGAUCCCGAUUAUUCUGCAUGGGCCGACAAUAUUCGCUACUUUUUGGAUCGAACGCGGUGUAUCAUCAUUAUGCAUUAUCCCAGUAGCGGUGUUUGUGAAUUCUUGGGUCAGAAUCACUUGACUUUGGGAGAAGAGGAUGGGCGUCCUACUUUGUUGGACACGACGACUGCUAAAAGCAAGGCACAACGACAACAGCGACUAGAACCAUCACCACAGCAGAAACGUGCUGUCGUACGAAUGGCUGUUCCUCUACGCCGGCAAAAGUUAUUGUUGACGAUGAUUGAUAUGCUACGACAAACAGAGGAGGCGCCACCAACACCUCGACCUACGCUUCGUGCAUCGCCAUCAUCAAGAGACGGAGCAAAGCUUUCCGGCGACGCAAUUACUCCGGAAGAACGGAAGUUGUUUAGUACAAUGCGCGUUCUUGUUGCAGAAGACAACCCGGUCGCUCAAAAGUUAGUAUUUAAGCAGCUCACUAGGCUCGGCUUCCAUGUCGAUUGCGCCAAUAAUGGAUUAGAGGCAGUAGAAAAAUGGAUGCAGCACCCACCUGGUUACUAUAUCAUCUCGUUUUUUGAUCACCAUAUGCCACAGUGUGAUGGUGUCGAAGCAACAAAGAAAAUACGAAAAAUUGAAGCGCAGGAAGCAAGGUUAAUACAACUUCCCAUUGUAGCAUUAACGGCGGAUGUCCAAGAUAGCGCCCGCAAAAUAUGCUUGAACGCAGCCAUGAAUGAAUACCUUACGAAACCAAUGAAUCACAAAGUGCUUGCUGAAACGUUACGAAGGUUUUGCUGUAAUAGUAAUAGUAAUAAUUAUAACAAUAACAGUAAUAGUAGCAAGAGUACUAGUAGUAGUAAUUUAUCCAAACCAUCAUAAUAGUAGAAACAAACACAUAACCCAAUGCACCUUUUAUUACGCAUAUCUCUAUUCCUAUCCCUUCCCACCCACACACACACACACACACGUAAAUACAUUUACCUUUGCAUAAGAACCGCAGUACUAUAAAUAUAAA